CAACAACCACCAUCUGCACAUAACACCCGACAAUGAUACCCUUACGCACAUUGAGGAGGCAGUGUCUUACUGCAGCUCGGCCUGCUCAAUCCUUAAUCCUCAGCACCCGUCCCUUCUCCGCUUCGAAACCAUCGCUAAAUGCCCCUUCCUCCGAUCCAGGAGCAACGCGGAAGAAGCUCCACGGCAUUGACCCCCAAUGGCUUACCAUGACCAAGCGAAGAAUCGGUCGAUGCAUGAUGUUCGGUUUGCAGCCGCCCCAGAUCCAAGAAGCCGGGGAAAUCCUGCAGCUAAUUGCAAAGGACUGGCGGGAAUUAAUUGCCGGUAGCGAAGGGUAUCUGACAGAUGAGACGAGAAGAGGCCUUUUCCAGCAAAGUGUCGCGUGGGGAGAGAUGGACAGCAUGGGACAUGUCAACAACGUCACAUACUCCCGAUAUGCGGAGACGGCCCGAGUAUACUACACCCGCAACUUCGCUUUACAUAUAGAUCCGGCGCAUAGAAAGGAGUGGAUGAAGCUCGUUAGCUCGAAGGGAAUUGGGCUUAUAGUCCGAAGCAUCAAGCUUGACUACAAAUUCCCCAUGACCUACCCCGAUAAAGUCACAGUUUAUCACAAGUUAGUACACGAUCCGGUCUCCCCCGAAGCACCUCAGCAUGGGUUCCAUCUUCACGCCGUCAUACUCUCCGAAGCUCGUCAGCGACCCGCUGCCCGCGUCUACGAGGACUUGGUUACGUAUGAUUACAAGAUGAAGAAAAAGAUAGCGCUGCCACCGUUUCUCUUGGAGCAGUUUAAGUCUACGUGGGAACUUCAAGAGCAAGCCAAGAGUCUCUGGAGACGGUUGAUUGUCGAUAUCGAAACGAGGGUCCGGGCAUUAGAGACGGGGAGUUGGGAUCGAGAGGACGCGGUGGAGGAUACAGGAUCUGCGAAGAAAUGACGCAGUGGGCUGGUUCCUAUUGCUUUCACACAAUGUCGCAUUAUUCUU